UAACCGAGCUUGAAUUUUCCAUGGCCAUAUUCCCCACCAUGAUAUCUGUUGAAACAAAGUCAGACAAAACCAUGAUCACCUCCUCUUCUUCCUGUUUCCGAGCAUCAUCAUCAAUUGAAACAGUUGCAAGCAACGAUGAUCUCGUAACGGAAAUACUUCGUCGCCUUCCGAUCAAAUCUUUGUUGAAAUUUAAGUCUGUGUCAAAACAUUGGCUGUCCCUCAUUUCGGAUCCUUACUUUCUACUCCGCCUAAGCCUUGUCCCUCAGCCCAUCACCGGCCUCUUUAUGCGUGGCGUCGGCAGUCCAGAAUACUAUUUCAUCAAUCUUGGUUUCACUCCUUCUUCUGCUCCCUUUAAAUCUCUCACUUUUGGAAACAACCCAUCACCGGGCUCAGUGAACACCAUCGAGCAAUCUUGCAGUGGCCUAUUAUUAUGCAGUAAUGGUAGAGAACUUUCCGGUCGACCGGAUUAUUAUGUUUACAACCCCACCACACAACACUACACUUUGCUUCCUCCACCCCUUGUUCAGCGUCGAAAUUCCGGUUUUAAUUUAGCAUUUGAUCCUUCAAAAUCACCCGAUUACCAAGUCAUUUGUGUACAAAAUUGUCAAAAUUUCGAAAUUGAAAGUCAUCGGAUUGAGAUUUAUUCAUCGAAAACAAGGACAUGGAGACUGUCUAGAGCUACUUACGCAACUCCAGAGUAUUUAAGUUACACAUUUUACCAGAGACUAUCGAAUGGAGUGUUUUGGAAGGGCUCCAUAUACUGGAUUAAUGAGCGGCUAUGUUUCAACAUCGAUGAAGAGAAAAUGCAGGAAAUGCCACUGCCGCCUUCUGUUGAUGGAUGGGAAGUAAGGUGCUUCUACUACUUGGGAGCUUCACAAGGCCAUUUGCAUCUCAUUGAGAACUAUGGUCCUGCUUUGUUCAAUGUUUAUGAGAUGAAAAACGACUGCUCUGGGUGGUCAGUAAAAUAUCGUGCUGAUCUUCGUAAAGUUGCAGCAACUUUUCCUGAGAUAGUGAGGAGCCAUGCUGAUCCAGAGGGCUACAACUACUACAAAAUUUCUACCAUUUGUGUUGUAAGGGAAGAAAAUGAGGAGGAUUCAUAUAUGCUGGUGCACUUACCAGGGAAGAUAAUUCGUUACAAUUUCAAGAAUGAAACUUUCAAGAAGAUAUAUGAUUUCGUUCCAAGUGAAUUCGAAUUUCGGUGUGAUUUUGGAGAUGGACGCUAUAUAACUGGAAUCGAAUUUGCAAGGUUGUAUGCUUUUCAAUAUAUACAAAGUCUUGCUUUUGUUUAAAUUGCAUGGUUCCCUGCACCAUUCCCGAUGUCAGGGCAACAUUUGUAAAACUUGAUGUACAUAUUUGAGUUGUCUCAUUAUACGAUUAAA